UGUUUUACAUGGAUGUAAACAAUCAGUGAUAAAUAUGACAUUUUUAAUUAAUAAUAAAAAAUAUUUAUUUUCUCACUUGAUGUUAAUUUAAAAAGAAGUGGAAAAAAAGUUUGUAUCUUUACUUUUAUGUUUUUUUUUCAAAAGAAAUGCAAAUGUGAUAUUUUUAUUUAAAUAAAUUAUUAAAAUGUCAGACGCUUUUGAAGAAAUACAAGCUAUUAAAAUUAAGAGAAAUUGUUUACGUGAAAAAUUACAAAAGCGAAAAAGAGAGAGAAAUGAAUUAUUUACACUUACCUCGACAGCUUCAUUGUCAUCUUCACCGUCUUCGGAGUCACAAAAUGUUAUUGUUGAAACCACUGCAUCGGUACGUUCUGAUCAUUCCGAAUAUGAACAUGACGUUCUUUGUAUAUUACAUGAAUCAACUUCGCAUUUACCAAUAACAUCAGCCGAUCUUUUGGAUCAAUUGAGAAAAAAUUUAAGCGCCGAUGUUUCUUAUGAAGACAUGAAUAAAAUAUUGGAAAAAUUAGCCGCACAGGAUGUUAUAAAAAUGAAGGAAGUUACGGAAAAUGGAGUUUUUGGUUAUACAAUAUUCUCAGUGAUUGAGGCGCAAUCAAUUCAAUCGCCAUAUCAAUCGCUCAUUGUUGAGAGUCCAGAUCGAACUGAAUCAUCAGUUUCAGAAUCAAAUGAAGAUUGUCCACCGCCUGAGAAACAAUCGAAACAAGAUAAAAUCGAAGAUAUCAUGUCAUUGAUAUCAAUGCCAACAAUUCGUGAAAAAGAAAGUAAAAAAGUUGGCGAACAAAUUCUUGAUCUUCUAUCGAAACAAACGUCUAAGGAAAAAUCAUUAGCCGAAAGAUUUCGUUCGCAAGGUGGUGCACAAGUUAUGGAAUUUUGUCCCCACGGAACACGUAUUGAUUGUGCAAAAAUUAAUCACGCAAGUGGUGGUAAAUGUAAAAAAUUACAUUUCAAGAAAAUUAUUCAAAGUCACACUGAUGAAUCGUUGGGCGAUUGUAGUUUUUUGAAUACUUGCUUUCAUAUGGAUACAUGCAAGUAUGUUCACUAUGAAGUGGAUAGUUCACAGCAACAGAGGGAAAAUCAUGUUUCACUUGACGGUGAGAAUACGAGUACGACAAAUAUUGAGACAAAUGCAAGUGCAAGUUCAAAUUGUACAACGGGAAGUGAAUUAACACUUUAUCCACCGCAAUGGAUACAAUGUGAUCUUCGCUAUUUGGAUAUGACAGUUUUGGGUAAAUUUGCUGUUAUAAUGGCCGAUCCACCAUGGGAUAUUCAUAUGGAACUUCCCUAUGGAACAAUGUCUGAUGAUGAAAUGCGACAAUUGGGAAUUCCUGCAUUACAAGAUGAGGGUUUAUUGUUUCUUUGGGUAACGGGACGAGCAAUGGAACUUGGACGUGAAUGUUUACAAUUAUGGGGCUAUGAGAGAGUUGAUGAAAUAAUAUGGGUGAAAACAAAUCAAUUGCAACGUAUUAUACGUACAGGACGUACGGGUCAUUGGCUAAAUCAUGGAAAGGAACAUUGUCUCGUUGGAAUGAAGGGCAAUCCGCGUAUUAAUCGUGGAUUAGAUAGCGAUGUUAUUGUCGCUGAAGUUAGAGCAACAAGUCAUAAACCUGAUGAAAUUUAUGGUAUUAUUGAACGUAUGAGUCCUGGUACGAGAAAAAUUGAAUUAUUCGGUCGUCCACAUAAUGUACAACCAAAUUGGAUAACUCUCGGUAAUCAAGUGAAUGGCAUUCAUUUAAUUGAUCCACAACUUAUAAAAGCAUUUAAAAAACGAUAUCCCGAUGGAAAUUCCAUGAAACCUUGUAAAGUUUAGAAUUUUUUAGUGCAAAUUAUUUCAACCCUGUAAAGAACUCGAAAAAAAUAUUUAAGGUGAAAACUUUUAUAUAUAUAUAUAAAAUAAUGAAAAAGUUGACUAUAAAACUUAAAAGUGAAAUAUAUACUUUUAUUAAAGUAGUAAA